AAGGACAGCGGGAAAUUCUUUUUCGCGGCAUUUUUACUAUGACAACAUUUGCCAUUGUUGAAAGCAGCUGUGUCUCUCCCUGCAAAAAGCCCAAGAUAAUGCCUUCAAAUAAGAUAAUACUCCGGUUUGCAAAGCUGACUGAAAACGCUAUUGCACCAACCAAAGGCUCUCAUUUGGCAGCUGGUUAUGAUUUAUACAGUGCUUACGAUUAUGAAGUUCCAUCUAAAGGGAAGGUUCUUGCAAAAACUGAUAUCCAAAUAGCUGUUCCUGAUGGAUGCUAUGGAAGAGUAGCACCAAGAUCUGGCCUGGCUUUAAAGAAUUUCAUAGAUGUUGGUGCUGGUGUGAUUGAUGAGGACUAUAGAGGCAAUGUAGGGGUGUUAUUGUUUAAUUUUGGGGAGCAGCCAUUUAAAGUUAAUAAAGGAGACAGGAUUGCACAAUUGAUAUGUGAGAGGAUAUAUUUACCAGAUAUUGAAGAAGUUGAGAAAUUAGAUGACACUGCAAGAGGAGAAGGUGGCUUUGGCUCAACUGGUAUUGGACAGAAUGGAACUAAAAAUUCAUAGCUUCAAGUUCACUUGUUGGGGAUCUCCCCAGACUGUUCUUUUAUCAAAAUACUGCCGGUUUGAAAAACUUAGGCCAAUAAGGUCCCUCAGUGGAUCAUAGAUGGUAGUGGCCUGAUAAGGGCCAAUUAAGUAGAAUCUCAUAAAUAGUUUUCUUCAAUAGCAAUGAAAGAGAGUGACUGAGUGAAGCCUUUGAAAUUAUUUUUAAAACCCCAAGCAAUGAAUUCAAACACCCACUUCAGAGCACUUAUGAUGAAUUUCUAGUGAUAUUAUUAACUCUCUAAUAACAAUGUUUGUGAUGCCUUUCUUUUGAUAUAAAAAAGCAACUGUUGUAUGUCUUUUAGACCAUUAGUUUCCAUAGCGAGAUUCAUUAUGAAUUUCACUUGUAAUAAAAAUUCUCUUUGGAAUAUGUAUAGAUCAUCCAAGACAAAAUCUAUGAUUACAUGAUACAUAUAUCCCUUGAAGUGCUUUAUUUUGCUGUCUGGUGUUACUAACUACAAAAUGUAUGG